UCAGGGACGGAGCAGCGGUCAGGAACGACACAAACCAGCCGCUUUAUAACAACUAAACCCGGGAUUUAUAAACGAUCUCUGGACUCUGACGGAGUUUAAAUCUACUUUGCUUUUGUUUAUGUGGAACAAGUUGGAGAAACUGACCUUCCUCCAGGACAGCAGACAGCAGGCUCAUUGGUCCAUGUCGUCCCUCCAGCAGCAGCAGCAGCAGCAGCAGCACAGAGGCCAGCAGCUGCCUGCCAAGCCCAGGGAAAGAGCCUGAUCCUGGGCCAAGAGAGCCAGCUAAUGCCCGCCCCUGGUCCAGCCACCAUCCCACACACUGAGCUGGAACAUGCUAUAGUCACCUGACUGCCAGGCAAAAUGAUGGCCUCGGUGGUUGUCGGGGGCAACCGGAAGAAGUCUCUGACGCUGAGAGGGGUGGACCCCGAGACGUGCAUGAUUGUGUUUAAGAACCACUGGGCACAGGUAGUAAAGAUCCUGGAGAAACAUGAGCCAGGUCGUAGCAGCACCGGUGCGUUGAGCUUCCUCUCGGGCCAUGCUAGCAGCAGCUCCGGAGUGUUACGCCUCGGCCCCAUCCCGGCUGACGAGGCCAGCGCUGUCCAGAACUAUGUGGAACACAUGCUCUUCCUGCUGAUGGAGGAAGAGGCUGGGCAAGGAGGAGCGAUGGGUCCCAUCCUGGAGUUUGUGGUUCUGGAGGGUGUGAUGGAGAGGCUGUUUCUGUGGAGCCUGAGGAGACAGUUUACUGAGGACAUGAAGCUGGAGCAGCUCAGGAUGUACCAGAUGCUUCUAUCUCAGGCCAGGCAGCCUCUGCUGCACCAUAAACCAGUUCUACGGCCGCUCAUGAUGCUGCUGGCCUCCUGCGCUGGAGCUGGAACUGACUGCGGCGGUGUGGUGGAGGCAGAGCUGGUCCUCCUGUUGAACCAGCUGUGUGUCGCUCUGGUCAAAGAUCCCUCAGUGCUGGAACUGUUCUUCCACACCAGUGAGGACCAGGGAGCCGCCAACUUCCUGCUGUUCUCCCUGCUCAUACCAUACACACACAGACAGGGUUCGGUUGGUCAGCAGGCCAGAGACGCUCUGCUGCUCAUCAUGUCUCUGUCGGCCUCCGAUGCUCGAGUUGCCCAGCACAUCGCAGAGAACACGUACUUCUGUCCUGUGCUGGCCACAGGUCUGUCUGGUUUAUACUCGUCUCUUCCAGCCAGGCUGCAGGUUUACAGUGAGGACUGGCACUAUCUGGACCAGGCUGACUGGCAGCAGGUUCCUGCUCUUGUCCACUUCCUGCACUCACUGGACUUCUGCAGUGCCGUCACCAAGGUCGCUCACCCCUCCAUCCGCUCUCAGCUGCUGGGUUACAUCUACAACGGCUUCCUGGUGCCUGUCCUGGCUCCUGCUCUGCACAAGCUGACGGUAGAGGAGGUGAUGACCACCACAGCGUACCUGGAUCUGUUCCUGCGCUCCAUCUCUGAGCCCGCCCUCCUCCAGAGCUUCCUGUCCUUCAUCCUGCUGCACACACAUGACAACGUGCACAUCCUGGACACACUGGUCAGCAGGGUCAACACACCUUUCCAGCUGGGUACAGUGUCGCUGGCUCUGUUCAGGACUCUGAUUGGUCUCUUCUGUGAAGACGUCAUGCUGCAGCUGGUGUUCAGGUAUCUGAUUCCCUGCAGCCACCUGAGCAGGAAGCAGCGCUCCUCCUUAAAGCAGACGGACUGUUACUCCUCCAGCGCUGCCUCCUUCCUGCUCCUCCUGCCAUCCUGGUGCCCUGGAAACCUCCACAACGUUAACACACACUCACACUCGGAGCACAUCCACUGGCCCAAAGGAGCAGAUCUGUCAAUAUCAGACAGUGUCGGUUACUGCCGGGGUUCAGACUUUCUGAUGGAUGUAAACUACCUCCACUACCUCUGGGACGCCCGCCAGGCCAUCGCCACAUCCCACAGGGCGUGUCGGCUUUGGUCGGCUCGGUAUGACGGGAUUGACCCACCGCCUCAAGAAUACCGGUCGGACACACCAGGAGACGACAUAGAAGAUGAGGAGGAGAUCAUACGGCGAGUCAAGAGUGACUCCAUCUGCUCUCUGGGUAUCACUCCUCCUCCCUCAGCCCUCUCCCCCACGCCCUCCUCCUCAGAUACCGUCUCUACGAGCAACCAGACAGGACGAGCCAGCUCUGCGCUGGAGCUGGAGUGGGACGACAUUUUUGCAGAUGACGAUCCCUCUUCAUCAGGGUUGAUAAACACGGCACUUGCAAACGGCACCAUGGAGGUUGACAGAUGCACUUCUACUACACCCAUACCUCCUCAGCACAUCCAGGAAAUGCGACGCACUGCGACCAAACUGGUGCACGGCUCGUACGUGGAGGAGUCCGAGUUUGAGGAGGACGUUCUGGUCUACAACCUUGUCGCCCAGAAAGAAUCUAAGGCCGCCACUUUGGAGCGAAUCAUGGCAGCGAAUCGGCGGGCACGUGGGAGCAUUUUAAAUGGCCAACAGGUGUCGGCCGCAGCGACGACAACGACAAUAACAACAAUGUUAACAACAACAGGGAGGACGGUAAUGGAGACGGUUAACAGUAUAAUGUCGACAAGGAGGAGGAGCGAGGAUGGAGGGAAAGAGGAAAGAAGGAGGAGUGAGGAUUAUUUGAAGGAGGUGAGGAGGAGGAGUGAGGACUGUGGGAAGGAGAUGGGGAGAAAGAAGGAGGUUUGGGAAGAUGAGAUAAAGAGGAUGGACGUACAAGGAGGACGUCAGUUUUUCACCAACGGCUUUAAUGCUAAGAAUCACAUCAUCGACGAAUGUGAUGAUACAGAUGAAGAUGGCAGGACGUUAAAACAAAACUGCAGCGUGAGUGACUUCACAGCGACCGUCAAUCACACACACCACAACACACAACAUCCCACGCCAUAUUUAGUGACUUUACCCAACGGCCACUCUGAAUUUGAGCCACGUGACCAUUUGGUGUCUGACGCCAAGCCUCCAAAUCCGCCUGGCAACAAAGUUGCGAAUAGUGAUGACUUCCUGUCCCGAUACCACGAGCUCAUGCUCUCGUUAGGGGUGGAGCCAGACUGUGAUGACAUCACACACGACAUCAGCGCAUUCAGGAGGCGAGUCCGAGCGCUGAGGCAAAAACUGGAAGAGGAGGAGGAAUUCGCUUUUGGAUCCUCAUGGGAUGACGGAGAGGAGGAAGAAGGAGAAGAGGAGGAGGCGAUGGAAGAGGAAGAGGACGUAGAGGAAGGAGAGGAGAGGAAGAGUAGCAGUAAGAAAGGCAGCAGGAGGAAUGGAGUUCCAUUUACAGGUCCCUUCAUCAGCGUCCUGUUGUCCCGGCUUGAAAACCUCCUGGAAAACACCAUCGCUGUGAACCUGCUGGUGACGGGCAUCCUUGCCCAGCUGGCAUCGUACCCACAACCUCUCCUGAGAUCCUUCCUGUUCAGCACAGACACACACAACCAGCCCAACGUACGCACACUGUACCAGGUGUUGGUAUCGGUGCAUGCUCAGAUAGAGCGCUACGUGGCGGGCAGACCAGACUAUCCUGCCCUGGUCACUCAGGCCUGGAGGUUCUUGUUGGCUAAAGACCAAGACAGCAAGUUUAGAGAGUGCCUCCAGUCUCAGGGCGGCGACAUCAUCCUGGACCCGUCUCUUCCUAAUGGCUCUGUGAGGAACGCUUUGGCUUUGCCUCCUCUCAGCUACCUGCCUCCCUGCCCUCCCAUCCCCUCUCAAGCCAAGAGCCGAGUGUUCGCCAUCGUCCUGUUCGCCGAGUUCCUGAAAGAGCUGGCUGCCAUCGCCCAGGAGCACAGCAUCGCACUGGACUGCUCCGCAGAGGAGUAACGGGAGUGUCGUUGAGUUUAACGGCCCGUCUAGCUGUGAAUAUCUGCCUGAGAAAUUGCCAUUGAUGUGCCCGUGAGCAACUACUGAUGAACACGUAGCGAAGGAGCCCCCAGCAGGAGACUGAGGUCUUGGAGCAGUCCUGAAGACACAAGCACAAAACAUGCAACUUAGAUCAUACUACACGUGUGAAUAAUUUAUAUGGAUAUUACAGUAAUAUAUUUGUAUGUACAGUAUGUUUGUAUUCCUAGCAGCACUUGAAUAUUUUGAAGUUUUCCCUAUUGUGAAUAUGGAUAUUUAUAUGUUAAUGAAAAUGAUUUGAAAGAGAUUAUUUUGGAGAUAAAUCAAGCUUUCUAUAUAUCUGUGGGAUCAGUGCAAAAAGUUUUCUACACUGUUUACUGAAAUCUUUGCAGUUAUUUCUUCAUUUGGAAAAAAUGUUGGUUAUUUAAGAGUUUUAUUGUUAUUUAGGUUUAUUUAAAAAUACCUUAUUGUGGCAAUCCUACUCAGGAGGGGAAACUAACCUCACCUGAACACAUUAAAGUGACUUUAUAUCAGUUUUGCUAACCGUUUAUCAACACGAAAAAUAACUUUACUUUAGGCACGCUAGCUAGCCUGUGCGACAGUCAGCUGCUAGCUAGCUGCUUGGGCUAAAGGUUUGUACAUUCAAUUUAAAAGUCCAGUGUGCAGGAUUGAAGAGCGUGUGUCGGGCCGCACUCCCCCUUGCCAUAAAAUAACCCAGGUAUGAGUCCUGAAACCUGGAAAUGGAUUAGCAUUUUAGCACUCCAUUUUAGCAACCCAGUCUCACUCUGAAGUUGUCGAAAUCUGGCGCUUGGGCAGCGGCACGAAAAAUGGGAUGACGUGCUGCCUAUCGCCAUUAUAGUUUAUAGCACUUGGUGGCGUCAGGGGGAAACACAGUGGGACAAGAAAGAAAGUUAAGGCAGUGCAAGUCCAAGGUGGGAGUGGGGUUGUG